UAUGGAUUUUUGGCUGCUAUUUACCCUUUCCCUCUCUCCACCAUCACCAGGAGGAGAAAGAAACAGAACUAACUCUUAUCAUCUUCCCAAAUUUCCUGUUUACUGUACAGAAAAGGGAAAAUACAAAUUAUACACACAGUUAUCUAUAUAUAUAUAUAUAUAAAAUCUUGUAUAAAUAUAUAUCAUGCGGUAAUCUCUCAUUUCAUCAUCAUCAUCAUCGACCUAUCUUUUUCACUGUUGCUCUCUUUUUCUUCCCUUUAAGCUCCAUCAUCUUUUUUUCUCUCCCAUCUUCCUUUCCCCACACACACACAACACACUGCAUAAAUAUUUUUUUAUAUAUAUAUAGGCAGAUUCCUUGUCGAGCAUAGUAAUAGCAUCGCUCAUGGCGGAUGGAUUUGAACCGUAUCAUGUCCCCCAGCAAAGCAGAAGAGAUAAACUGAGAGUGAACGCCACCGCCGAUAAUCAACACCUCCAGGCCUGCGCAGCUCUAGUCCCUCUCUACGAUCCGUCGCUCGUCUCGUCGGAUUUGAUCAAUUACGCCGCCGCCGCCGCCAAUCUCCGGCCCCAAAGUUUCAAUACGACCGCCAGCGUCAAGGAGGAGGGCAUGAAUUUGAUGAAUUUUGGGGGAGGAAUCAACUCAUCCAACCAUAUGUAUGUGGAUCCACAAUUGUCCGUACAGUUAAACCCUAGCCCUAUCCAAGAGAUCAGCGGCGUCUACCCCACGGCGGCGGCGCACUGCUAUAGACUAGUCGACGAUCAUCAUCAUCAUCAUCAUCAUCAACAGUCGAUAGCUGCACAUCAAGAGGCGGCCAACAGUAGCAGCUGCAGCGCAGCAGCGACGACCGGUCAAAGCCUGUCCUUGUCUUUAUCCUCGCACCACAGCAGUCUUCCUUUGGAGCUGAAUCUGCAGAGAUACAACUCCUCCUCCGCCUCCUCCUCCAUGUUCAGCAAUCACAAGGUGAGCUCAGUGCCAUUGGGUCCAUUCACAGGCUACGCUUCCGUCUUGAAGGGUUCCAGGUUUCUGAAACCUGCUCAGCAGCUGCUGGAGGAACUUUGCGGCAUGGGGAUAAGGGGAUUUUAUGGAGACAAAACUGCCGCUGACUCAUCAUCGUCUUCAUCGUCUUUAUUGGAUCCUUCACCUCUCGAACCAGAACCAGAACCACCUUUGAGUGAAGACGCUUCAAUGAAUUGCACUGAUGGGAAUAGUGACCAGACUAGGAAGAAAUCCAGGCUGCUCUCAAUGCUUGAUGAGGUUUACAAGAGGUACAAGCAGUAUUACCAACAGAUGCAGGCGGCUGUGGCUGCAUUCGAGUCGGUUGCUGGAUUGAGUGGCGCAGCUCCGUUUGCCAAUUUAGCUUUAAAGGCCAUGUCGAAACAUUUCACAUGCUUAAAGAAUGCCAUAACUGAUCAGCUCCGGUGCAUAACCAAAUCUCAUGGCAAGACAACUUCGGAGAGAGAUGAAGCUCUUCGAUUGGAGAAUUCGGGAAGAGGAACUUACAGCCAGAGACCAUUUCACACUACAGGAUUUAAUGAUCAACCGGUUUGGCGUCCACAAAGAGGACUCCCUGAGCGCGCCGUUGCUGUUCUUCGGGCGUGGUUGUUCGAGCACUUUCUACACCCUUAUCCUACAGACACUGACAAACUAAUGCUGGCCAAGCAAACCGGCCUCUCGAGGAACCAGGUUUCGAACUGGUUUAUCAAUGCAAGAGUGAGGCUUUGGAAGCCUAUGGUUGAGGAGAUACACAUGCUUGAAAUGCGCGAGACUCAGAAAUUGUCGCAAAGAGGCGAAAACCCUCCGGAUAGGCUUAAUACAGAUCACUUGCUGACGAGCUGCUCGAUAGAGGCUGAAAACGCUUCGACUUCUGUCCAGAGGAUCGGAGACUUCCCUUUGAAAAGAAGCCAUGAGGCUGAUAAUGAAGCUCCUAGAGGAAAUGAGGGAGGGCAAAUGAAGUUGCCGUCGCACGACAAUUGGCUGCACAACCAGCACUUGGGCGGCGGCGGUGGCGGCGGCGGGAUGGCUUUCAGCAAUCCCACAAGCAGUGGCAAUGUAUCGUUGACUCUUGGCCUCCAUCAGAACAGUAUGGGAAUUCCCGACGCCUACCCGAUAAAUGCAGCUCGUAGAUUCGGCCUGGAUUCGCAGAGCGGCGAGGGGUUCAUGAUCGGCGGAUUCGCUGCUGAGAACCAACAGUUUGGAAGAUCGGACCAUAUUGGCGGACAUCUCGUGCAUGAAUUCGUCGGCUGAACAGACAAUAUUUGUAUCUAUAUCUUUAUCUAUAUCUAUGUAUCUGUAUUAUGGAGAUGGUGAUUGAGCAAAGGUAUAGUAUCGUAGAGGCUUCAAGAACAUCCAACGAAAUGGGUCACAAACCAUUUGAAUUUCUAGUAGAAUUGUAAUUGGCAUCAUGCCUCUAAUAAUUGAAUUGUACGUCAUACGACCAUGAAUGAAGGCCAUUGCUCAAGAAGAUGAAUUUUCAACUGUA